AUGGAUAGUAGUCAGGCACAAAGACUGAUGUCAAGGAGAUUAAAGACCUCUUUAUCAGUAGCCAACAAGCUACUUGAACCCUCUGUGAUACAAGGUGUACCAGAAAAGUUACGACUUAAUAGGCAAGUGUUCAAGGCUAGAUAUGACUCAUCUGCUAGGGAUUUACCUGAUCUGAAUAUUGGGGAACAAAUACGUAUGAAACCGCUUCCUGGAGAUCGAACAGGUCGCUGGAGAAUGGGAACCUGUCUGCAAAAGGUUGCACCACGCUCUUAUCUUGUGGAUAUCAAAGGAUCUCUCUACCAACGCAAUCAUGUGGAUCUGCGAGUGGCCGAGAAGCCCGAUUCUCAAUAUCCAGUUGACAAGCCAGAUACACCUAGUAUUCCAAGGACACAGUCACAUGUCGGCAGUGAAGAGUGUACAGAAGUGAUACCACAGACUAGUACUAAUGACAGCCCUGAGCAAGCAGGACCUGACAGCAGUCAAGUUCAAAGCAUGCCAGUAAGUGGUGGGAAGAGUCCAGUAACCUCAGAGAGGGCUAAAAGACUAUUUGCACAAACUGGACCAGUCUUCACUUGUAGUGGCAGACAUUCACAACCACCUAAGAGACUUAACCUCUAG